AGUGCCUGGUCAUCCGCUGAUGCCACACUGUGAUAUGGAAGCAGGUAGCUCUGAGGAACUCUUCCAGGCUGUGAAUCACGCGGAACAGACCUUCCGCAAGAUGGAGCUCUAUCUCAAGCAACACCAGCUCUGUGAUGUCAUUCUGAUUGCUGGAAACCGGAAGAUUCCUGCUCAUAGACUCGUCCUCAGUGCUGUUUCAGACUACUUUGCUGCCAUGUUUACAAGUGAUGUUUGUGAAGCCAAACAAGAAGAAAUCAAAAUGGAGGGCAUAGACCCCAGUGCACUAUGGGAUCUUGUCCAAUUUGCAUACACAGGUUGCCUGGAGUUAAAAGAGGAGACGAUUGAGAAUCUCCUUGCAGCUGCCUGCCUACUCCAGCUCCCCCAGGUGGUAGAAGUGUGCUGCCAUUUUCUGAUGAAGUUGCUACAUCCGUCAAACUGCUUGGGUAUUCGUGCUUUCGCUGAUGCUCAAGGCUGCACUGAAUUAAUGAAGGUGGCUCACAGCUACACUAUGGAACACAUUAUGGAGGUGAUCAGAAAUCAAGAAUUUCUGCUGUUGCCUACAGAUGACAUCCUGAAACUUCUUGUAAGUGAUGAUGUGAAUGUUCCAGAUGAAGAGACGAUAUUUCAUGCCCUGAUGAUGUGGGUGAAAUAUGAUUUGCAGAGGAGAUGUCGCGAUCUUGGCAUGCUGCUCGCAUACAUCAGAUUACCACUGCUCCCACCUCAACUUCUGGCUGAUCUUGAAAACAAUGUUCUUUUCAAAGAUGACCUUGAGUGCCAAAAGCUUAUCUUGGAAGCCAUGAAAUAUCACCUGUUACCAGAGAGACGGCCUCUAAUGCAGAGUCCUAGAACUAAACCUCGGAAGUCUACAGUUGGAGCUCUGUAUGCAGUUGGAGGCAUGGAUGCAAAUAAAGGUGCCACUACCAUUGAAAAAUAUGACCUGCGAACAAAUACUUGGACCCAGGCUGGAGUGAUGAAUGGUAGGAGACUGCAAUUUGGAGUAGCUGUCAUUGAUGAUAAACUUUACGUUGUUGGAGGCAGAGAUGGCCUGAAGACUUUAAACACUGUGGAAUGUUACAACCCAAAAACAAAGACUUGGAAUGUGUUGCCUUCUAUGUCAACUCACAGACACGGUCUUGGUGUCGCUGUGUUAGAAGGUCCGAUGUAUGCAGUCGGUGGCCACGAUGGCUGGAGUUACCUAAACACAGUAGAAAGGUGGGAUCCACAAGCCUGCCAGUGGACCUUUGUGGCCAGUAUGUCCACUGCUCGGAGCACAGUGGGAGUAGCAGCAUUAAAUGGCAAGCUGUAUGCUGUUGGGGGUCGCGAUGGAAGUGCUUGCCUCAAAUCUAUAGAAUGCUAUGAUCCACACACCAAUAAAUGGAGUAUGUGCACACCCAUGUCCAAGAGGAGAGGAGGUGUGGGUGUGGCAACCUGUGAUGGUUUCCUUUAUGCAGUCGGAGGCCAUGAUGCUCCAGCUUCAAACCACUGCUCUCGGCUUUCGGACUGUGUAGAAAGAUACGAUCCCAAAACUGACACCUGGACAAUGAUAGCUUCAGUGAGUGCCCCUCGUGAUGCAGUUGGAGUCUGUCUCCUUGGAGAUAGACUAUAUGCAGUUGGCGGAUAUGAUGGACAAACGUAUCUAAACACUAUGGAAUCUUAUGAUCCACAGAUUAAUGAAUGGACACAGGCAGCAUCCCUGAAUAUCGGGCGAGCUGGAGCCUGUGUUGUAGUUGUCAAGAUGUGAAGAUGCAGUCAACGCACAAAACUUUCUCUUCUUAGCAUUGAACUAGUAUUUGUAACUUACUUCUGCAUCCUACAUUCUCACCAGCAUUCCACGGAGCCUCUUUGCAGGUUUCAAGGUACGCCUGUUUUCUACCAAGAAGCAUCCACUUAAUUGAAACAAUUUGAGUGCUGGAAAAAAAUAAUUCUGAAACAGCAAUGAACUAACCUAAAUCCUCUGCAAUAAUCAGAGUGACCAACACAAAACCAAACAGACAAUGUUUGAGAAACCAUACAGUAUAUUAAAAUGUUUACCUGUAUUGAAAUUGUGUUUUUAGGAUUGUUGCUGCAUCUUCAAAUCACCUCGAGCGCUUAAGUCAGAAAACUCUCAAAUCAAUUUUUGAAAUUCAAUAGAUUUUAGUCAAUCGCAGAGAAAUUAAAAUGCAUAGAAAUGACAAAAGAAACAAAAAAAAUCACAUCUAUUCAUGAAAAAUGUACUUUGGUAGAGAAUUGUCUAGAAAACAUUCCAAACGAGACUACACCACCAAAUAAAAUCUUAAAACAAGCACAUGUCAAGUUUAUGUAGGUCUCUCAGUAGUAUCAGUGAAUAGAUAUUUUAAAACAGUAAUUUUAAUAGGUAAGAUGAUGCCUUGGUAUUGCUGGUGUUCUCAAAGAUGCAGUCUGCAAUGAAGCUUAGCAAGGCAUGAAAUAUCACCUCAUUACAGCCAGAGACAAUGGAAUGUUUCUUUGAAUUUCACCCAUCACUUUACCUUUUAAUACUGACUGAUUCUGAAUAAGUCAUCACAAUGUGACCAUUGUAGUUAUUUAGUGAUCAGACUGCUAUGUAUUUAAUGUUCUGCUUGAGAAAUUAUUGGUAAAACUGUGGAUUAUUGUUGACAUUCUUGAGAUUUAUUCAUUGUUAUUAUCAUAGCACUGUUACAUAUAUAUAUAUUUAUGUAUAUAGCAGCCAAAGCAGUAAUCACUUUACACUUGUGUCCAAAGCUCUAUGCUUAUUACAUGAACUAAAGUUGUGGUUCAGUUUGCAACACCCUUGCCUUUGAGUUAUAACAUUGUAGAUUCAAACCCUUGAAAGGAACAACCAAGCACAAAAAUGUUGGCUAAUUCUUCACAGCAGCAUGGAGGGACAGAAGCACUGUUGGACAUGCUAUUGUUUUUAUGACAUCUUUAACCACGUUGCCUUGAAGAUAGACAGUAAGGAUUAUAUUUUAAGGACACAGGAGAUGUCUCAUCAUUUUAGCCAAUACUUGUUAUUUACCCAUAACGCACUCCACUUUAGCAAACUAUUUAAUGACACUUUAAGGGGUAUUGGUGUUGUAAAUUCCCUACAGCUUUUCUCAUUAAUGACAAUGACAAAGAUUCCAAAACGCGCCAUUAGCUAUAACAUUUUAGUGCAACCUGAGAUUGUGAAUAGUGCUGUGUAAAUGUACACCUUUAUUUAAGUAAUAUUACCAUAACAAAUGGAGAUAACACGAAUGACCAAACGGUAUGUGUUUUGGAACCAGAGACAAAUUGCUUAUUUUUGGUUUAACGAGCAUCACAAUAGCAAAGCAUGAAAACAGGAUGUAAAUUCACCACCUUAGUUAAGAGAGUCGUUGACAGUCAGCUAUUGACCAUUAAACCACUAACUGAUAAAUAGAUCUAAGAAUCAAUAAACAACUUCCAGGUUAAGAUUGAAGGAUAUAUUACUUAGGUACUUAAAAGAUUUCAUUGAUGAAGGAGUGAAGAUAUGUAUGACAUUUUAUUGGUAAUUAUCUCCAAAGAGGCAAAUUUAUUAUUUGUGAAGAAGGAAGACCAGCUUGUGUUCAUCCUUGUAAUUCACUGUACAAUUUGCUUGGCCCAUUAUGUUGAAGUUUAUCAGUGUCACUUCUACAAUAAUGAGAUUAAUUGGCUGACACUUCAGAACUUUGGAAAAAAUCUCAGUUAUUGUUUACAAGGUCUUCACAUCACCCUUGUCGUUUUCUCAGAAAUCGGGGUAUUUUACGUUCAAAAUUAUUUAAAGAAAUUACAUAAAAUGAGAGAAAUGUAACCACAAGUAAUUGCAAAGCCAACAUAUUGAUUACCAAAUGUAUUGGCUACCAAAUUAGCCACCAGGGUGACUAAUUAUAAAAUACUAUGCUCAGGAUUUUUUUUUUUAAUUUAUGUAUUAGAUGUUGUCCUUUCAACUUUGUAGAAUCUUUUAUCUUUUUUCUUCAUUUUCACGGUUUAAUUUUUUUCCUACAUUCUCUCCCAAAUCCCCAUGACUGAUUACAGUUGUACAAUAGUACUUAUUAAGUAUUCUCUCAUCACAAGUAGGCUAAACAAUGAAUGUUGUCAUAUUUUGCUGUGAAAGGCUUGUUUCUUUCUGUUAAUGUGCAUUGCAGGAUAGGGAAUAGGAAAGGGCAUCCUAUGACCUAUUUAAGUGGAUUCCCUUUUGCCCAUUGUACCAGCAUUAGUGCUUUCAAAGAGCAAUCCAAUUAGUCUUUUUCACUAACUAAUUUCUUCAAUUUUUUUCAUGUACGUUACUGUUGAAUUUUCUCCCUGUGUUCAGUGAGUGAAGACCACAGCAUGACAAUUUACUUUAUACAUUUCUGGUCCCUUUGCCAAUUACCUUAAAUCUGUGAAAAAUCAAAGAAAAAAUUGCAUAUGGUAGAAUCAAGAAAUUAAAGUAGAAAAUUCUGGAAAUACUCAGCAAGUCAGGCAACAUUCAUACAAUGUGAGUUAACAUUUCAGGUUGAAGACUCUUUUGUUGAAGGUUCAGUUCUGAUGAAUGCCAUUGACCUGAAACUUUAACAGUUUAUCUUUCCACAUAUAUUUGCCUGACCUGCUGAAUGUUUCCAGCAUUUUCGGUACAUAUUUACCUAAAAUCCACAUAUUUUAAUCACAGAUUUUCUCUCACUACAAGAAAGGAUAUUUGUUCUUAUUUACUCAAUGAAUGCCUAUCAAAUGCGAUUGUUAGAUGUACAAUAUUCAUAGACACCUGAUUAAAUAAUCCAAUAGGCCAAUGCCAGCUGUUUUAUUUUGUCAUAGCCCCAACCCUGUCCCUAACCCUAAC